AUGAUCGAGAUUGACGAGCUGAGAGAAAAAUUGCAAAGAAGCGAGUAUGGAGCUCACAGCGAAGGAACAACACAAUUCCCAAAAGCUGACUUGAAGUGGCGUCCAAAGUUAUCCGCCAUCUCGAGAACAAGUCGAAAUGUUCUGCGAGUUCUUGGAACACGACAGAGGUUUGGAGCGGGAAUUCGAGAAUCAGAAUUAACUCCUUGA